AGCCUGUACGUGGCAGUCUGACAGCAGCUGAGGCUGUAGCUGCUCCUCUCCCGCAACAGUCCCCACUCAUACAAACCCACAGUCCGCAAGGCACACGCAGACGAGGCCACUCUUUAAAUCGCCACGUAAUUUUUUACUCCACAACGCUUGGACCAUGUUGACCCUGUCGGAGCUGGUCGUCCUGCUGGCCGUCCUCAGCGCCACUGCGUCCGGUUACUUCGUUAGCAUCGACGCCCAUGCCGAGGAGUGCUUCUACGAGCGGGUCAACUCCGGCACCAAGAUGGGCCUGAUGUUCGAGGUGGCCGAAGGAGGCUUCCUGGACAUCGACGUGGAGAUAACGGGGCCAGAUGGUAAGCAGAUCUACAAAGGGGACCGAGAGUCCAGCGGGAAAUACUCCGUUGCGGCGCACAUGGACGGCACCUACAAGUUCUGCUUCAGCAACAAGAUGUCGACCAUGACGCCCAAGAUUGUCAUGUUCACGAUCGACAUCGGAGAAGCACCUAAAGGCCAGGACAUGGAGACGGAAGGUGCUGACGGCUGGGAUGCUCACCAAAACAAGCUGGAGGAGAUGAUCAACGAGCUGGCCGUGGCCAUGACGGCCGUGAAGCACGAGCAGGAGUACAUGGAGGUCCGCGAGAGGAUACACAGAGCAAUCAACGACAACACAAACAGCAGAGUGGUCCUGUGGUCGUUCUUCGAAGCCCUGGUCCUCGUGGCCAUGACGCUCGGACAGAUUUACUACCUGAAGAGAUUUUUUGAAGUACGGAGGGUGGUGUAGCGCCAUCUUAACGAGUCCCUCUGUGUCCUCCACUGUUUCCUCCAACACCAAGACAGUUAUUUUACAUUCAGACAUGAGACUGGCAGUUUUUGAGUAAACCCACCCCCCAAAAAAAAUGAUCGGAUCUCAGAUGUUUUGUUUCUUUUUUUUUCCUGUUCCCUGUUUGUUUCUUUCUUUACAGAUGUUUUGAUGGAAGAUUCUGCAAUAGAUGUUCAUCGUUUCUUUAUUUGUCUUAACAGAUUUAUUUGUUUGUCCAGUUUAAUUUAAAACUACAGUUAAUUACUUGCUAGUACAGUUUGACCUGUGAAGACGACUUGAGUCUCAUAAUUUGAAGUAAGUGGCAAAAAAAAAAGACUAAAAUAAAAAAAAGCACUGGAUAGACAUAAGUGGAGUCUACAGGAGGAGGUUUCCUUCAUCCAGAUUUAAAUGGAUUUUGAAAUAAUAAAAAAAAAAAACGGAACGCAUUAGUUUAUUGUCUGAGAUGCAGAGGAUCGUGUUUCCAGUGUGAAAGUCAGACGAUGCUCUGCAGAUAUAUGUGAUAUCUGCACUAACGCUCUCAAACAAAUUGCACUCCUGAUGAGAACGUGUGAACACCUGAAGGAUUCACGUCGCUGCCGGUCUUUAAGGGAAACCGUGCAGCUCGUAGGACCGUCUGUCGACUCGUGGACGUCUUUUCCUGGGGGGGUGGACGUGUCUCGCUCCACGUCUAGUUGAGAAAAAAGGGGCGACAGGCGAGUAGUUUCUCGGGCCUGAGAGUUCACACUUUGAUUAAAUUUUAAAACAAUUUGGCCUGAAGAUGUCGAGGAGCCGGAGCAGGGCGGGGAUUUAACCGAAUUACGUGGGGUUUGGCUCCAAAGCAGAAAAACGUAGAGGAAUGCUGAUGUUACAUGUUGAUUGAGGCUUGCUGGGUGGGGGGGGCGGGUGGGGGUCUGACACCUAAUGACUGCUGUGACCUUUUAGUUGCUUCUACUAUAGUUAUUUUGUUGGGGUCGGGGGUUUUAAAUUAUACGAUUGUAUACAAUUUUGAACGUUUUUUUUUUUUUUUUCUGGGAGCAUAUCCAGUAACGUGCAAGUAUUUGGAGGAACUUCUUUUACCGUCUUCUUUCACCACACGAUUUAAAAACGUACGUCCAAGGCCGUAGCUUGACACCUAGCACACAGCAGCAUCUCCACGAGCGACGCAUGUUACCGGAUAUGCUCCGGUUUUCUAUCAGAAACAAAUCUUUGGUGAACUUGGGCAGGUGAGCUGCUCUGUACAUGUUUGUUUUUUUUUUUUUUUUAAUUUUCUUUUUGUGAUUAAAACAAUAUCUGCUAAAUACAGCUGUACAAAUACAGAAUGGUUGUCCGUGGAAAUGCCCCAGGUUUCAUAAUAAAGCCGAUAUUCUGUACGAUUA